AUGGAGAAGCUGGCGGCCGGGCUGGCCGGGCUGCGCUGGAGCAUGGGUGCUUUCCCGCUCGACCUCAUCGUCAGUCGCUGCCGCCUGCCCACGCUCGCCUGCCUCGGGCCAGGGGAGUACGCUGAGGGCGUCAGUGAGCGCGACAUCCUGCUGAUCCACUCCUGCCGCCAGUGGACGACAGUGACAGCCCACACCCUGGAGGAGGGCCACUACGUCAUUGGGCCCAAGAUUGACAUUCCCCUGCAGUACCCAGGCAAGUUCAAACUCCUGGAGCAGGCUCGGGAUGUCCGGGAGCCGGUGAGAUACUUCAGCAGCGUGGAGGAGGUGGCCAGUGUUUUUCCUGACCGAAUCUUUGUGAUGGAGGCCAUUACCUUCAGCGUCAAGGUGGUGUCUGGCGAGUUCAGCGAGGACAGCGAGGUGUACAACUUCACACUGCACGCGGGCGACGAGCUAACUCUCAUGGGCCAGGCAGAGAUUCUGUGCGCCAAGACCACCAAGGAGCGCUCGCGCUUCACCACGCUCCUGCGCAAGCUGGGCCGCGCUGGGGCCCUGGCCGGAAUGGGUGGCCCCGGGAGUGUGGGGGCCUCUGGGGGUGGCGGCGGGGCCGCGAGGCCCGUCAAAGGCAAGAUGCCCUGUCUCAUCUGCAUGAAUCACCGCACCAACGAAAGCCUGAGCCUGCCCUUCCAGUGCCAGGGCCGCUUCAGCACGCGCAGCCCGUUGGAGCUGCAGAUGCAGGAGGGCGAGCACACGGUGCGCGCCAUCAUCGAGCGCGUGCGGCUGCCAGUGAACGUGCUGGUCCCCAGCCGGCCGCCACGCAACCCCUACGACUUACACCCCGUGCGGGAGGGCCAUUGCUACAAGCUGGUCAGCAUCAUCUCCAAGACGGUGGUGCUGGGCCUGGCGCUGCGCCGCGAGGGUCCGGCGCCGCUGCACUUCCUGCUGCUCACCGACACGCCGCGCUUCGCUCUGCCGCAGGGCCUGCUGGCCGGGGACCCGCGCGUCGAGCGCCUGGUGCGCGACAGUGCCUCCUACUGUCGCGAGCGCUUCGAUCCGGACGAGUACUCUACAGCCGUGCGCGAGGCGCCUGCAGAGCUCGCCGACGACUGCGCCAGCCCGCGCCGCGCGCGCCUCUGCCUGCCUGCGCCGCGCGCCCCUGGAGUCGUCCGCGCGCCCGGACCACCGGGUCGCCUAGGGCCAGCCCUGCCCGCGCUCGGCGACGGCGACCAGGAGUACAUGAGCCCGGAUUGGGCGGGUGCGACGGAACCCGCGGCCUCGUGCGCUGAGAUCCCUUACGAAGAGCUGUGGGUGCACCAACCCCCCGAGAACCUCACCGAUGCCCGUGUCCGGCCGCUGCCAGGGCCGGACCUCAUCUCCUUCGGGACCGUGGGGUCCCCACGUCAUGAGUCCGAGGCACCACCGCCUCCUGUCCCCCCCAAAUCCGAGGCGGUAAAGGAAGAGUGUCGCCUGCUUCAUGCCCCUCCUGUACCUCCUCGGGGCGGCAGCAGCUGCAGCAGGCUCACAGGCAGCCCCCCAGUGCCACCCCGCUUUCCCAAGCUGCAGCCUGUCCACUCACCCAGCUCCAGCCUCUCCUAUUAUUCCUCAGGCCUGCAGGAUGGGGCAGGAUCCCGCAGUGGCAGCGGUUCCCCGUCACCGGAUGCCUACUCCCUCUAUUGUUACCCUUGCACCUGGGGAGAUUGCAAAGCCAGCGAAUCCUCUAGCCGUCCACCCCCAGGACCCAUGCCUUCCACCACCACUCAGCCCAGCCAGGCCUCAAGAGCCCUAGCUGAGCCUCCAAGUGGUCGGACCACCUCCCUUUUAGGGGCUGACACCCCAGUGGUUAAGAACUACCAUGGCUGUCCACCUCUGUUCAAGCCCUCCCACGCCCAGAAGCGCUUUGCUCCAUUUGGUGCGCUCAACCCCUUUUCUGGGCCUGCCCACCCUUCAGGUGCUCCAGUGGCCUCCUCCUCUGGGUCCACAUCCACCUCGGGUGCCCUGGCUACCUCCAGCCCCACACAUUCCCCGGGCCCAGGCCCUCAGGGCCAAGGUUACUCAGCUGCCCUGUCCUCCUCCCUGUCCUCCUCUGAGUGGCAGGAGCCAGCACUGGAACCCUUGGACCCAUUUGAGCUGGGGCAGGCUAGUCCUCCAGAGCUGGAGCUGCUGCGCUGUCAGGAGCCCAGAGCUGUGGGGACACCUGGGUCUGGACCUUGCCUUUCACCACUUGGUCCUCCUAAGGCCUUUGAGCCUGAGGGUUUGGUGCUGAGGCAGGUCCCCGCCUCAUUGUCACCAGCUGCCUUGCAGGGGCCCGAGACAGGAGGGACCCUACUCUUUCUCACCCAAGGGGGCUUGGAAGGGCCUCCUGGCAGUCCCCGGGAGGGAGGCACAGGCACUGGAGUGCGGGAUGCACCCCCCUGGCAGCCACCAGCGGACUUGUCUGCACUCUCCCUGGAAGAGGUCUCGCGCAGCCUGCGCUUCAUUGGGCUCUCCGAGGAUGUGGUGAGCUUCUUUGCCCGAGAACGCAUCGAUGGAAGCAUCUUUGUGCAGCUCAGUGAAGACAUCUUGGCUGAUGACUUCCAUCUCACCAAGCUGCAGGUCAAGAAGAUCAUGCAGUUCAUUAAGGGCUGGAGGCCCAAGAUCUGAACUGUUGGGCCAGCAGCUGCGCAGCCUGAAUGCCAGGAGUGGAGAGGCCCUGGGGUCUCCCAGGGGCAGGGCCUCCCGCAGGAAGAUCUGGGCCAAGACUGGGGCUGCUCUGUGGGUUCUGAGUGUUCCAGGGGAGACACACUGGGACCUGUAGGCCUCUGCAGCCAGACCUUGCAGGAGCAAGUCUUGUUUGUGAAGAAUACUUGGGGAGGGGGCGCUACUCUGCACCUGCCCCAGUGGGGCUUUUGCUGCCAUUCCCACAGCAGGGUAAAGGUGGCGUGUGUGGCAACAGGUGGCAGAACGCCUUCCUGUGCCCCGCUGUAGCCUUUCAGACACCACACACUGCUCGCCCUUUAUGUUCAGGUUAGAGAGCAAGGGAAGAUGGCUCAGAACUCAAGUACAGUUUCCCCAAAGUGCCCUCUCCUUCACGCUCUGUGGGCUUUGGCCUGUGGCUGCUCCAGAGAGUUAGGGGUGUGACUCCCGUCUCUGAAGUGCCCUCUUUCUGUCUGCUCCCAUGAUUAGGCACUUGACCCUUAGCACUGAUGAACCUGCUACAGGCCUAUGCCCAGCACUAGAGUUCCUGCUUUGGUCUUUGCUUUGACGUCAUCACAGCUAUUCGCUGGUUUUCCAUGGGGCAGUCUGAGGACAGUUCCUAGGGGGAGUGGCUGGAUGCAGGCCAGCAGCUCUUCAGUUCUAGAAACAGUGAUCAUACUCCCCACUGUUAGCAUUUCACUUGACAGACACUUGGGGGCCCCCUGGUGUGUCACUGGUACAGGACAGUGUGACUGGGAAAGGGAGGCAGGUGGCUCAGGGAAGCUACCAGCUCAGAGAUCUCUGGGCCCUGCAGUCUCAAGCAUGGUGAUCCAUGUGACACCUAGAGGCCUGGCUAGUGCAGACCCCCCAUUCCUUUCCAGCUCCUCUAACAAGAACCACACACCUUGUGCCCUCUGGUGGGGGUGGGCAGAGGUGGCAGUUUUCUCGUCUGCCUUCCCUGACCUACCUAUUUAUUUCUUGAGUUUCUUUACAAAUAGUUAAGCCCUGCCCACACCCGUGCCAGUCCGAGGGGAACACUGAUGCGGCGCUGUGUCUUCUCACAAUUGAUGGCUCCCGAAGGGGUAGGGGAAGAAAGGAAAGUGUGGGGCCCUGGGUGUUGGCUGAUACUGUUUUGGUGGAGGGCUGUGAAGACUAAGGUCUCUGAGCAGGGGAGGGCUUUGCAAUGGUCUGUAGCCUGCUCUUAAACCUGAGACACACAGCAGCAUCCUCACUCCAGUCUGGAAAACCACACCCUUCCACAAUGUCUUGACCCACUAGUAAUUUUCUUAAAACAUUGGUGUAUUGCCUGCAUGUAUGUCUGUGUGAAGUGUGUGAGGGUGUCAGAUCUUGGAGUUACAGACUAGUGUGGGCUGCCAUGUAGGUACUGGGAAUUGAACCCUGGUCCUCUGGUUCUUAAUUGCUGAGCCAUCUCUCUGCCGCCCCUU